CCUUGCUUCCACACACAUUUUAAAUGUUAUAAGUGGGCUACACUUAAAACAUUUAAAACACUGACCCAUUGUAAUAAUCUGUGAAAGGAAAUCUAUAAGAUAUAAAACGAAUAAAUGUGUCCAACUAGUACGUCUUCAAAUGCACUGUUCAACUGAAUCGCAAUAAAAGCCGCUGCAAAACGCGGCUUUUACUUUGAAGGAGACCAGCUGAACUGGCUGGUGUCGUGUAUCUAACUUGACGCUGGAGUCUCUGCUGCCGCUGCAAAGGACACAAUGCUUUUUACCAGUGAGGACUGUCGGUGUGUCUGAGCUGAACCCAGAUGAAGGAGCCUCGCUGGGUCUCACACAUGUCGAGCGAACCGUGGAGCUGCAGUGGGAGAUAAUAUCAGCGGUGCUGGGCGGCCGGACCAUGAGACUGCUGCUGCUGCUGCUGCUGCUGCUGCUCCGCUCCGCGACCCUCUGUGCAGCAGGCUGCAGUGAGCAGGUGGAGGUCCACACAGAGCGCAGGGGUGUGAUCUACAGUCCGUCCUGGCCUCUAAACUACCCGCCUGGAGUCAACUGCAGCUGGCAUAUCCAGGGCAGUCAAGGAGAGGUCAUCACCAUCAGUUUCCGUAACUUUGACGUGGCGGAUUCAGGAAGAUGUCUGGGAGACUGGCUGCUGCUGACGCCUACAUGGAGCGGAGAGUCCAGGCUGUGUGGCUCUGCGCUGCCUCCACCCUUCAUCUCCACCAGGGGGCGAGUUUGGCUCUACUUCCACUCUCAGGCUAACAGUUCUGGGCAAGCCCAAGGCUUCCGGCUCUCCUACAUCAGAGGUCACUUGGGUCAGAGCAGCUGUCAGUCUGAUGAGUUCCUCUGUGGGAAUGGGAAGUGUCUCCCUCGCUCCUGGAAGUGCAACGGUCAGGAUGAAUGUGGGGAUGCCACAGAUGAACGCAGCUGCUCCCCUCCUCCCACUGAGGCCCAGCCUGGCCUCUGCCCCUUCGGCUCCGUGCCAUGCACCGAGGCCCAGUCCACCCGCUGUCUGCCUGCCGCCCUGCGCUGCAAUGGGGCCCGAGACUGCCGCGAUGGAACUGACGAACUGGGCUGCCCCGACACCACCUGCGGCAAACGUCUGGGGAACUUCUACGGCUCCUUUGCCUCUCCAGAUUUUUUCCGUGCUAACCGGAGUGCUGUGACCGAGCUUAGAUGUUCCUGGUUGCUGGACACUCAGGACCCUAAGCCCAUUAUGCUUCAGCUGGACCUGCAGUUGGGCCCCGGAGAUUCACUGCACGUCUACGACGGCCUGAUGCAGCGCGCAGAGCAUCUCUUGCAAGUGUUGUCGCAUCAUAACAACAGGCGGCCGGCGCUGCUGGAGUCCAGCCGAGGACAGAUGAGUGUCUUGUACAUGGCUCAGCCUCACAGUCCUGGACAUGGUUUCAAUGCUACGUACCAGGUCAAAGGUUACUGUUUCCCUGGCGAACGUCCCUGCGGCAGUGAUCAGGGCUGCUUCUCUGAGCGCCAGCGUUGCGACGGCUACUGGCACUGCCCAUCUGGUCGUGAUGAGGAAUCCUGCCCGAUGUGCCCAGACGGUGAGUUCCCCUGUGAGGGUGGUACUGGAGUGUGUUACCCAGCCUCAGAGCGCUGCAACAACCAGAAGAGGUGCCCGGAUGGGUCAGACGAGAAGAACUGCUAUGACUGCCAACCCGGAAACUUCCACUGUGGGACUAACCUGUGCAUCUUUGAGACGUGGCGGUGUGACGGACAGGAGGACUGUCUGGACGGGAGCGAUGAGAGGGACUGUCUGGCAGCGGUGCCCAGGAAGGUGAUCACGGCCGCUCUGAUCGGCAGUCUGGUCUGCAGUCUCCUGCUGGUCAUUGCCCUCGGCUGUGCCCUCAAACUGCACUCCCUGAGGAGCAGAGAGUACAGAGCUUUUGAGACUCAAAUGACUCGCAUGGAGGCUGAGUUUGUUCAGAGAGAGGCUCCACCUUCAUAUGGUCAGUUAAUAGCCCAGGGCCUCAUCCCUCCAGUGGAGGAUUUCCCAGUUUACAACCCCACCCAGGCGUCUGUGUUACAGAACCUGCGGCUGGCGAUGCGGAGACAGAUCAGACGCCACUCGACUCGGCGCUCCACCUCCUCCUCCUCACGACGACGUCUUGGGCACCUGUGGACUCGCCUUUUCCAGACUGGAGGGCGAGCCAGAGGACAGGCCCCACUGCUGGACCCCCCUGGACCCACACAGAUCGCACUGGGGCUCCACAGCUACCGAACAGUGGGGGAGCAGAGGCCCCAUGACAGGACCGUGUCUGGAGGUGGGCUCAGAGAUGAGGCUGAUGCAUUGGGUUCCUGCUGCUCGGCCAUCAUGGACCUGGAGCCCUGCACACCAGAGAGCCCUGCAUCACCUCUCUCUUUUCACUCAGUGGACAGUCCAGAUGAAGAGGAACUGUCACCCUUCAGUAGGGAGAGCAGCGGGGCCCCACAAUCCGGGCCUCCCACCCCUUGUCAGAGUGACUCUUCAUCCCACAGCGGACUUCCUCCCACCCCCCAGGAAGCCUCUGUGCCCCUGUGCCCCCGCCGGGCAUCCAGAAAAAUGGUUCUGGAGCUUGCAGUUAACCUGAAGGGAGUUUCCUUGAGACGUUACUCACCCUUGGGACCCUUGUCUCCUCUGUCACCCCCUGUGUUUCCCAGCAGCUCCCAGACACCAUCAACCCAGCCUCACCCACAGGGAUCAGAGGUGACGUCACCCACCGGACCUUUGUCUUCUUCUGUGAAAGCAGAGGACAGUGACAGCCACUUUACUGUGGACAUGCCAAGCAGGGACGAGAGGAACAGGGAGGGAAACAUCAGGCUCAGCAGAACCCUCAGCGAUGAGGGGGGAGAUUCAGGCAGGGAGACACCACGCUGAAACAUUUACCAAGAUUCUCCUCUCACUGCUGAGACCCGACAUCUGCAGGAUCUGCUCUGAUAAAGUGUCCUUGAAACUUGUCUCCACCAGAUUCAGAGGUGAAAACCUGCAUCUACGCCCUCCACAUGGAGGACGUACAGUGUCAGGCUGAGUCAAAUAUAUUUCCAUUCAAUACUUUGAAUACAUAAAUUGUGCAAAUGCACAGAAUUAUGCAUAUGCAGUCUUUCCCUACAAUGACUAAAACCAGCGUUGGUAGUGCUCAUGUUCUGUGUUGUAACUCUCUGUCCCAUGCAGGAGCUUAAUGUUCACCUGUUUUGACGGAAACUCUUGAUGAGCCUGUUUCAGAAAAUCUAAGUCUGACAAUUCUGGCCACCAUUACCAAAACAAUAUUGGCAACAUGCACCGACAACGCCAAAACAGCCUUUGUGUCGUUACCCAGAGCCAUUAUGCACCGCUAUCUACUGUGAGCCAUAAAAGCCUGUUGUGUGAUCACUGACUAACGACCCUCUGCUCUGUCGUCAGCACACUUUACUGUAUGAGUUGCCGUUAUUAUUAUUAUUACCGUAUCAUCUUUUAAGUGUGUCAUGAUUGUCUGACUCAUUGAAGGAUAAGGGUGGUGAUAUUUUAUAUUUCUGACGUUAUUAUUAACAAAUGAAAGCGUGUUUGUCCGCGUCUCAACACUUCUUAACUUUGAUCUUUGAAAAAGGUUAAACCAUUUUCUAAAACAACAAAACACGGUAGCUUUCAUGAGGUUAGUAGUGCUUUUGAUGAACAAAGCUAUAGAUGAGUACACAGUUGGUGAACUAGUGAAUGUCUGUGGCAGCAGGAGGAUUAAGUUCAAACUGUCUCUUGUGUCCACAUUCAUGGUGAGAACGAAGCAUAUCACCUAGAGUUUUUACAAGUUUUUCAGUUUAGGGGAAUAAGUUAAACCACGCUGUUUAGACCAUGCUGUUUGGCUAUGGCCUCUCAUCAGAUUUGUUGAGAAUAACAAAAUUAUAAAAUAUCACCAGACUUACCGUGGGAACUCAUUUUACCCUCUGAACCCCGAGCAGUUUCUAGCCAUUUAUUUACUUUGGUCACAUUUUGCUCACUUUCACUGCACUUCUAUUGAAACAACACAGAAACUACUUCAAAUACAACUCAAACAUAAUGUUUUCUGUAGAGCAUGACACAGUGAAAAGUUAAAGUCGAAUUUCUUUGAUUAUUUACUUCAACUUAAAAACAUAGAAUCACUGCUGACAGGCGUUGCUGUUACUGAAAAAUGGGGAUGCACAUAUAGAUAUAUUGCUACGUACAUUUUGUAUUAGUUUCCAUACUUCUCUUAGAUCUGCUCUGUGAAAACACAGCCUGCAGUUCAGGUGAAAGUUUUUAAACAUCCGUCACAUGACUGUUUGUCACAGGUGAAUCACUCGAGUCUUCUCUGGUGCACUGAGAAGAACAGAAUUGUUUUUUUUCUACAGCAUUUGAUUACAGAAAGUACUUCAGCUUCGACAAAAUUUUGAAUGACACAUCUGUCGAACAGUGAUUGUUUUAAGAAAUAUGAACAUUUUAAGUCCAGAUUUGGUUAUUUUUCCAGAUGGUGCCACAUCUCACACCUGAUUGGAAAGUUCAAUGUCCUACAGUUCUUUCUCUUUUUACAGUUUUUGGAUCCAACUAAAUAGUAUAAUUUUAGUGACUGUUUUUUUUUUUUUUUUUUCAAUAACCUGGCUUUCAAACCUGCAGGCAGGUUUGGGGUUCAGAGGGUUAAAAGAAAAGUUUGAUAUUUAGUAACAUACACUACUGUUCAAAAGUUUGGGGUCACCCAGACAGUGUCUUGUUUUCCAUGAAAACCGGUGCAGAGCGAGCCGUGGCUGUGAUCAUAGUGGACGUGUUAUGUGCUAACAGAACUGCACAAGGGUUUUCUAAUCAUCAGUGAGGCUUUCAACAUGAUCAACUAACACAAUGUAGCAUUAGAACACAGGAGUGAUGGCUGCUGGAAAUGGGUUUCUGUACUCCUAUGUAGAUGUUCCAAUAAAAAUCAGCCGUUUCCAGCUAGAAUAGUCAUUUACCACAUUAACAAUGUCUAGACUGGAUUUCUGGUUCAUUUAAUGUUAUCUUCAUUGAAAAAAACUGCAAAAAAAGGACAUUUCUAAGUGACCCCAAACUUUUGAACAGCAGUGUACACCUAUUUGUUUUCCUGUGGAGAGUUAUAUGAGAAUUUAGACAUGUAAGAAAACAGCUGCUGCUGGCUGUGGACUCGUGUUUAAUAGAAUGUGAGCAUAUUGCCCCAAAUUGUCAGACUUUUCUGUGAAACACUUACUGUGCCCUAAUCAUGCAGUCGUUCAAUCAUGUCAACCCUUUGUUAGUAUUUAUUCAGCAUAUUGUUCUUCAGUGAUACAUUGGCCCCUUUUAACAGAGAUCAAGAACUUCUUUAGGUUGGAAAUCGUAUCAAUUGUAUUUUCAGUUGAGCAUUUUUAAACAGCCAAACCAGGAUGAAAACUGAAGCAGUAAGUCCAAGUAUACCACCUGUAACUCUGCUCAGCCCUUUGUACACCUCCUAUCAAACCCAAACUGUCCUCUUAAAGGAGUCACAUGACUGAAGCUGAGUGUGUCUGUGUGUGCUCUGUGCUCUUUAACCUGAAUGUCCAGGAAAUGUGGGGAAGAGCAGCAGAGCAAUGGUCCUGCUGACUGCACACUGAGUAUGUCUGGACUGCUGGUUCAUUCUGGUGGAAAUUCAUGUCUAUGCUGUGGAAUUUUCUAAAACAGGACGUUGAAGCAGAGAACUCUAUUUUUCAGUCUUCACUGGAGACCUGUACUAGCUCUACUUUGUAUGUCUCUUUCUGCCUUGACAAGCACUGAACUGAUUUCCUGUGUCUCGGAUGCUUUUUGUAAAGCUCGUCUGGCUGAGGUAUGACACUGGUAAGCUUUUGCCAAUCACUGUUGGACUUUUAAAGAAUGUACCACUUUAGUUUUCUUUAAAUUUGUCCGUCUUUUACUGCUGGAUAUAGACCCUAAAAGGAAAAGAUGGAUAACCACGUGGGCAGGGAAAGUGUGAGAAAAACCAGAAGCCAAAUGUGAGUUGAGUGUCAGGUUAAUGUGCUAAGCACACUGUGUUUCCUGCUGUUUUUCUUCAAGUCCGUCUCCUGUGCUUUCCUAAUGUGCCAUUAGAAAUAUCUCCAACACCCCCUCCCAAGUAAUUCCUGCUUAACAAUCUGCUCUGAUUGCCUUUCUUUUCUUUGAGGUAAAUGAGUUGAUUUCGUUCUAGUUUUGCAGAUGUUUUGGUCUUUUUCCUUUCUAGUAAGAACAUAUCUGUCAUUUAAAGUAAAACGGUUCAGCUGCUGUCUGUAAAAAAGAAAAAAAAAAAGUCUCACAUAUCUGCUGAGAGCACGCCAUUCAUUGAUUUGUCAUGUACAGAUGUGUUUCAAAUGCCUUAAAGGUUUUUCGUUGCUGUUGUAUUGAUCAGGGACAAUUUCAUGAAUAACAGCUGUGGUUUCAAUGUUUGACGAGGUUGGGUUUGUGUGUGUGUCUGGAUACAGCUUCGAUAGAUGACUAGUGAUUGAUACGGAGUGCUCUGGAGUUACAGUGCAUUACUCUUGUCUCUGGGAUUAUUGUGGCAGGGAGUUAGGGGAAAGGAAAUGUAAUUUUCAGCAACCUUAUUCCAGUGUCUUUACCAGUGUCUCCAAGUAAUAAUGUGUAAAGUCUUGUCGACAUUCUUUGCUCUAAUAUUUUCAUACUUUGCCAGUGAAGCAUGGAUAAUGAUGUGUAACGUUACAAUUUGAAUCUUUUAAUGAGUGUGUCACAGGUGAUGUUUUAUUAGCGUUCAGCCAGGACCAAGUGUUUCUUUCCUGCUACAAAUAUGUUAAUAAUAUACAUAAUCAAACCCUUCUGAAUAUGAUUUGGUCACUGAUUAACUGUGCUUUCACUGAGGACACAGGUGAAUACACUGGAUGGAGGCCACUGAAAAGCGAAGUCCUGUUGAACCAGGUUGUUUUUCUUGCUGUUUGAUUUUAAAGCUUUGUUCCCAUCAAAAGCUGAAGGUUGACAUGCGUUUGUAUGAGAAGCAUUUCUGUCAUUUUGAGAAUUAUAUUUGUAUAUUUUGUGCUGCAAAUGAAAUGCCAUGGCAUCGUGGGGUUUGCACAUCUAAACCCUGUACAGCCUCCUGCUUAGUAGUCAUUGUUUUUCUGUGCCUGCAAUUAAUAAAUUCCAAGCUUCGGAUGA